AUGUCUACACAUCACCUUAUAUCCGCACGAAAAGCUGUUUCCAUCCUCAGCUUGUUGGCGAUAGCGUCCAUUAGUUCCGUUACCUCGCAGAAUGACCCGUCCCGACCCACUAUCGACAGUCCGGCAGGACAGCUGCAAGGCACAACGGAAUCCUGUGGACUGUUCUGCACGUACUAUUCCUUCAAGGGUGUACCUUACGCGGAACCUCCGGUAGGAUCGUUACGGUUUCGUAAUCCUGUCCCGCGGGCAAGAUGGCAGACGGUGCGUGAUGCCAGCAACCAUGGGCCCGAGUGUCUCCAGGUCGCACUCAUCCCUGGACAGGUGCGUGGUAGCGAGGACUGUCUGUACCUAAACAUCUAUACCCAGCAACUGAUCGGAUCGCGCCCUGUAAUGGUUUGGAUACACGGUGGAGGUUACAGUGCCAAUUCGGGUAACAGUGUUGACUUUGGACCCGAAAAGUUAGUCCAGGAAAAUGUGCUACUGGUGACGCUGAACUAUCGGCUGGGAGCGCUUGGAUUUCUCAGUACUGGAGAUCGAUAUGCCGCAGGUAAUUGGGGACUUAAGGAUUGUUUGCAAGCGCUCCGCUGGAUACGCACCAAUAUCGCAGCUUUUGGUGGUGAUCCGAAUAAUGUGACGAUCUUUGGAAAUUCUGCCGGAGCUGCAUUGGUACAUCUGCUGGUCCUUACCGACGCUGGACAAGGCUUGUUUCAUAAAGCGAUUGCACAAAGCAGUACCGCACUCGUACCGUACGCGUUCCAGACAAGGCCACGCUUUUAUGCCGAUAGGAUUGCGUCUGCGUUUGGGUUCGGUACGGACAGUAGCACCUAUGUCGAGCAGCUGCGAACGAUUCCGGCGGAACAGUUUGUUCCAUUUCAGCAGGCUGGCAUUACUGUCCCGGUACCGAGAUUUCUGCGCCCGACCGACUUUGGACCGGUGGUUGAACCGAGCGACGCACCGGAAGAAACGAUCAUACUCCAACGGCCGAUAGAGCUUAUCCGAAACCGUGCUCAUCACGUGCCGUUCAUUGUCGGAUACAAUGAUCUAGAGGGUGCGUUUUUUACCGCCUUUGAAAAUUUGAUCGACCAGACUGUUAAGGGACAGUUUAAUGCGAAUCCUCAUCUGUUGGUGCCUUUCUUUUGGAACGUCGGGGAAGGAACUGCGGCAUCGAACGGGAUAAGUGGCGCAUUUCGGGAGUAUUACUGGCAGAGCCGACCAUUGGACGCUAGUUUGGAUUACGAGUGGACGGUGUAUCAGUCGGAUCAUCUGUUUUUGUUCGCGAUCGAUCAAUCGGUACGGUUGCAUGCACAAGCGUCUUCGGUCCCGUUGUACUACUAUCAGUUCACUUACGACGGUGACUUGAAUCUGUACAAGAAAUUGUUUGGCGUGCAGUAUCCGGGAGCGAUUCACACGGAUGAAUUGCCGUACUUGUUUAAUAUACCGUCCGCCAUGCUGGAACCGGUAUCGCCCGACAGUCAUGCGAACACUGUCAGCAGUCGUGUCGUCCGGAUGUGGGCCAACUUUGCACGAACUGGUAAUCCCACUCCAACGCAAGAUCCAUUGCUACAAAACGUACAAUGGCCUCUGGUGGGACCAGCCGGUGCAGGAUACCUGUCAAUUGGACACGAUCUAAUGACGAGCCAACAAACACCCAAUCCCACCCGUAUGAACUUGUGGUACAAUCUUCAGCAAACCUAUGCUAACGCGCCUUUUGAAAUAUAA